CAUUUCCAAUUUCUCUUGGUCCAAUCGGGGAAGAGAGAGAGAGAGAGGGAGAGAGAGAUGCUGCGGGUGUCGGAGGAGGAAGGGAACCGGAAGCGCGAGAGCUACGUCGUGGAGAGCUACAGGCAGCUCGUCGGAACGCUUCUCGACCUCCAACGCACUUCCGAUCGUAUCUUCGACACCAUCUCCCUACGGGUAGUUGAGGAGCGGGGAAAGCUUUCAGAAAUCUCUAAGAGGAUCCAAUCGGCCAAAGCUCAGAUAGAUGCCUUUUCUUAUUCAGAGCAACAAUUGACAAUCAAAUCUCCAUCCCAAUACCCAUCCAGCUCAUUCCAAGAAAUGGAUUUCCGUCCUUUAUUUUCAUAUCAUAAUGAAGAUGCUGAUGAGGGCUCCUCAGUCACAAAUUUGCUAGUGAAUGGAGGGUUGAAUAGGGAAUUUGGUAGAGAUGGAACACUUGAACUUUUUGAAUUUUUUUCUGAAGAAGAUACGGGGCAUACCUAUAACAAGCAAGAUACAAAGGCGGCUUCCAAGUUUGACUGUCUAAAAGAAAACAUGUACUUGGAGAAGAUUCUAGAAUCACCAAAUCCUUCCAAUGGCAGCUUUGACUUAACGUCUAUCUCCAAGCUAGAGAACAAGAAGGAUGAACUCCCACCAGUGCCACCGAGCCUGCUGAAGAGCUUCACGUCUCUCUCUGACUCUGGCGCGACUCCCAUUUGAUUCAAUCCAUGAUCCCGUGGGAAUAUCAGAUAGUUUGGCCAUUUCAGUUCUUGUGCAACUCUUCAAUUGACAAUAAGGCAGCUCAAACGUUAAUUACAUCAAACCUAUUUUGUAAAUUCUCUCUCAAGAACAAUGACUCGGACCUUGGAGCAGGGGAGGAUAUUGCAAGGCUACUUGCUGUUUCUAAAUUAUUUUAGUUAUGGGCUCGAGUACAUUUGUGAAAGCAAUACACCUGGUCCAUAUAAAUAAUAAUUCUCUCUUUUAAAUUAGUAGUCCCAAAUCAUUUCAGAGAAAGUUGAAGAAUUUACCAGAUGCUCAGUCAAGGUCAGAUGGUUAAAUCAAGAAUGAAAAGAUUUACCAAUUCAAUUUCAGCCCGUGUUUGGAAACACUUGCUAACAUCAAUUAUUUAUGUGAUUUAGCUAUCACUUGUUAAUGUA